UAGUGAAUUACCGUACUGCUUAUUGUGUAGGUGGCAAAGUCAGUUCGGGGUUUGGUGCAAGUGUGGCGGUGCGACCCUUUAACCUGGAGAUCCAUUCCGUCCUCGACAAAAUCACGUUCCUCCGCUGUUCCCGGCUUCCCCUGCAACGCAUUAACUCACAUCUGCGAGAUUGCGACGCCAUCCUUUUCUCGGUCUUCUCAGUUACUUUCAUUACUGCACUUGGAUUUCUCCUACUGGCACUGCCACUGCCACUGCUGCAGCUCUCUCCAUUGAUGACCGUCCCCCUUACCUUGCCGAUUCGCGCGCACUUCCGUGCCCCGACCAGCGCCCAGAAUGGCGACUACCGAAGCCGACGCAUACGUGUCGGAAACCAAGGAGAAUGGCCGUGAGAAUGAAGGUGGUGCUGUGCAGCCCGUCGAAAAUCUGGCGGCUUCUCCACCUACCGUCAACGACGCGGUUCAGAAAACCGUGGAUGCGAUUUUAUACUCCGAUAUCGGCGUCAACACAUUGCUCAAUCGGCUGAAACAGAGCGUGGCUUCUGCUAGGGAUUUCGCCGGUUUCCUCAGAAAGCGUGGAGCCGCUGAAGAGGAGCACUCCAAAGAGCUCCGAAAGCUGGUUCGACACACCCAAGGCCAAAUCCGAAGCCCGGACUCGCGCCAGGGUACAUAUGCGACACAAUUCGAAGAAUUAUCGCGCACUCAUGAGCGAAUGGCGGACCAUGGAAUGCAAUACGCUCUUUCCAUGCACACGAUGCACGAGGACCUGACGGAGCUGGCCAACAACAUGGAGCGUGGUCGCAAACAUUGGAAACAGGUUGGACUGGCCGCCGAGAAGAAGGUACAAGACGCUGAGGCGCUGAUGGACAAAGCGAAAUCCAAGUACGCCUCGUUGGCGGAGGAUUACGACGGCGUGCGGACUGGCGACCGGAGCUCCGGCAGGCACCUGUUCCGCCCCAAAAACGAAGAGGAUAUGCUUCGCAAAGUCCAGGCGGCAGACUCCGAUUAUGCCUCUAAAGUCCAACAGGCGCAAUCCGACAGACAGGAGUUGAUAUCCUCCCAUCGGCCCGCAGCCGUCCGAGCGUUGCAAGACCUGAUCAAAGAGUGUGACUCCGCAUUGACCCUUCAACUGCAGAAAUACGCCACCUUCAAUGAAAAAUUGCUCGUUGGGAACGGCAUGCUGAUUGCACCUAUCAAAAGCCAGGAAAUUCACGCAAAGAGCAUGAAGGACAUCGUCCACCAAAUCGACAAUGAAAAGGAUUUCCAGACCUAUAUUGUAGGUUUAACAAGUAAGGUGCCUGCCAAGCCCGUGGAAAUCAAAUACGAGAAACAUCCUUCGCUCCAACCAACGCAACAGCCGCCUGCAAACAAUUCGCCAGCGCCUCCGAUCCAGACUUCCCUCCCCCAGGCUCAACCACCCGCACAGUUUCCGAUGGGCCAGCAAGGGUCCCGACCACCGCCUCAGCAGGGUCCUCCGACGCCAACCGGCGGAUUCCAACAGAUGAACCCGGGCUAUCAGAAUCAACCAUCUCCCGUUCAGCCUCCACAGCCACAGGAGAUGCCAUCGCAGCAGAUACAAUACCCCUCUCAGGCCCCACCAUAUCCUCAUGGGCAACCCAACCAACCAUACCCAGCCGAGAAAAUGAGCGCCGACGGCGCCCGUCCUCCAUCGCGAGGCCCUGGUGCGCCUCAACUUGCGCCGCUUGGUUUCGAAGGUGCUCACCACGGCCAUCCGAACCCUCCCACGGCGAACGUCCCGACUCCAACGCAAUCGCAACCUCCACCGAUGGAUUACAAGCCAGGGGUGGCCCCUCCCAACCACCCCGUUUUUGGCGUGUCCUUGGAUGCGCUCUAUCAACGCGACGGCACUCCCGUGCCUCUGGUGGUCUAUCAAUGCGUCCAGGCGGUCGAUCUGUACGGUUUGGAGGUCGAGGGCAUCUACCGAGUUCCCGGCGAUGCGCGACAUAUCCAGCAGCUCAAGUCGCUGUUCAACCACGAUUCCAGCCGCGUGGACUUCCGAAAUCCCGAGGCGUUCUACCACGAUGUGAACAGCGUCGCGGGCCUGUUAAAGUUGUGGCUUCGCGAACUGCCGGAUCCGGUCUUGACCUCGGAACGGGAGUCCGAUUUGAUCGGGGCCGCCCGCAUCCAGGACUAUGCCAUGCGCCGCGACAGCAUCCACGCUAUCGUCAAUGAGCUACCUGACCCGAAUUAUGCCACGCUCAGGGCUGUCGUGCUGCAUUUGCACAAGAUCCAGGAACGCUCCGCCCACAAUCGAAUGACCUCGGAAAACCUUGCAAUCUGCUUUGCGCCAACGCUCAUGGGCAACUUCCGCGGCCCGAACGUCGCGGACGCCGGACUCCAGGCCACGGUCAUCGACACGAUCUUGCAGAACACGUUCCAAAUUUUCGAUGAGGAUUGAUUACCGCUCUUCCGUACCCGUGUUCGUCAUGCCUCCAACGGCAUUAUCUAGCAGGAACUAGACGAACAGUAUCACAGAUGCUUGGGAUCUGGGAUACAUGAUAACCGAGCCGUUAACGACCUUCCAUGGUCUUUCUAUACGCAUGAUUCGGGGAGGUCAGCGCUUGCAUGGUUCGUAUGUACAUGUUGGAGAUACCUUUGAUGAUGAGGACAAUUUUCUGAAUGCUGCCCGCGCUCAUUUGCUGCGAGACGGGCAUCCAGGCCGCGGUGUUAGUGUAGGCGGCGCUUAUAAUACAAACAUAUCCAAGAAUCCAUGGUUAAUAAGAUCAGAAACGUCUCCGUAUCUCGGGGCCGGCAUAUAAACCAGUUGAUCGCGGUCCCAUCGCUCUUAGGCCAUC